AUGGCCGACGGUCCCCAAACCGACGUCUCGCGCCCCUCCGCGCUGCCCACCGCCAAGCUCCUCCAACGCCCGACCCAGCCGCUCGUCGACCAGAGCUCAAACGAGUAUCUUGACGGGAUUGAGGAGGAAUGGAACAAGAAAGUCGACGUCGAGAUCGAAACCCUGGUGGAUGGCAUGGCGGACAUAGUCUCAUUAGCCUCGAUUGAGGACAAGGACAAGUUCCGCAUUGCGCAGGAGGCGUUCCAGGCACAGUGCCGCGCAGAGUCCAUGAUUCGCGCCGCGCACUCGCUCAUGUCGACCAUUCAUUCUAUGAAGCUUCUCCUGCUCCUCUCCGACGAGACGCAGAUCGCGAAGCGGCGCGACGCCGAGUUGCGGCAGGUGCAGGCCGAGAAGAAUGACGCGCAGAAGAAGGCCGCGGCGCUGCUCGACGAGCUGCUG